UUCCCAAUUCUGCCAUUAACCAAUGGAAUUUUCCCAAUUAAGGUGGAAAUUAGUUCAAAAAAUAUAAUAUUGGAUUCCGUAAUCAAAAAUCUAGUUGUCACAAACCUUGACGAAGAAAAUACAAUGACUGCUAGUUUGCCUCUAUUGAUGCUAAAGAAGAGCUUUGGUAGCCUACAAAAGAGAGAAUCAAACCACUCAGACAAAGACACGUAUCCCAAAAAAACGUUAGAUUCAAAGACUAUCGAUGAUAAGUGUUCAAUCAAUAUAAAAAAGUUACUAGAAAAAUCAAAGUUAAAUAGUAAUAAAGAAAUAUCUGGCGAAAGAGCACUAUUAAAACUCGCUAUUGCAGGAUAUAUAUCGGCUUAUAUGGAAGCUCUCGGAUUGUUUUCUGAUUUGAAAAAUAUAAUAGCAAAUGAAUCAAAUGUCGUACUAAAAUUUCAAAAUUCUGAUGGAUCCUUUUCUAACACCAAAAAUUCUGUUUCAAAUUUUUAUCUCACAAUUUGGACAAUUAAAGUCAUAUGUCAUUCCCACAAAUAUACCUUCAUUGACACAGAAUCCAACAUUUGUAGAACGCUUAAUUGGAUAAUCGAACAGCAAGACCAAGAUGGCUCCUACUUCGAUAACACCUAUCAAUUACACGAUCACAUAAACAGUAUUGACAAUAAAGUGUGGACAACCUCAUUUAUCUUAAAAACAUUAGAAGAGUGUCCGAAAUGUCAUUAUAAAGUAAAGUUUAGAAAUUACUAG